GAGGUCUGUCCAUCACAGGGGGGUCAAUGAGGAGGUGUAAAGGAGCAUAGUGGACUAAGUGAUCUUCAGAUUUCAGGUGUUUCCUCCAGCUGGACCUGAAACACAGACUGACAUGUUUUCAACUUUCUGUGAGACUUCAAGUGUUUAAACCGGGAGGAGGACUCUCUGCAGGACUCAAGUCUGGACCCAGUCCUGCCCACCUUUAUCCCUGCAGGAGGUACUCAGUGGACUGAGAGGAACCCUGUAGUGAGUGACAGAGUACGGGACCGGAUUUUCAGCUCCCUGGAAGUCCAGGGUUAGUUACACACACAGAGAUACCUGUGCAGGUGAGACACAUCCUAACGGGAGGUCACAGACCGGGUCCUCAGGUGAUGGCGGACAGGAGGAGCAGCCCGGAGGACGGACGGAGUGAGGAGGCUACAUGAGGGAGACCCAGCACCUCCUCCUCCAGAGCAGAGAGUCUGCACACACACACACACACACACCGAGAGACACACACACACCGACCGGCUCUGACCGGGACAAACAGCCGUUACCGAGAGGAGAGUUUCCCCUCCGAGGAUUUAAACUUUUUAUUCUUUAAUUCUUAAAAAUGGCCGAAAAUGUUCUGGAGUCCGGCCCGCCUUCAGCCAAGAGGCCCAAACUGUCCUCCCCUGCCCUGUCCGACGGAACCGAUUUUGGCUCCCUGUUCGACCUGGAGCAAGACCUCCCAGACGAGCUCAUUGGCUCCUCAGACCUCGGGUUGGCCAACGGGGGGGAUGUGAACCUGCUCCACGCCGGUCUGAGCGGAGGACAGGAUGCUGCUGCCAAACAUAAACAGCUGUCUGAACUGUUGAGGACUGCAGCUCCUCCUGGGGGGGUGAUGGGAGGUCCUCAGGGCGGGCCCUCCCCUCAGUCUGGAUUCAUGCAGCAGGUCGGAGGGGGUGGGGCUGUGAACAGAGCGGCCAUGAUGGCUUCUCAGAAGGGGAACAAUGGAGCACAGCAGCAAGGCCUGAUGGGAGGUCAGGUGAUGAACGGCUCAACGAGGGUCGGUUUCCCCGGAGGUGCAGGGAUGGUAAACAGUAACCAUAUGUCAGCUGACGGCCUGCAGCCAAUCAGAACACAGCAACCUGCAGCUGUGAACAAGAUGAUGAUGGCUAAUGUCGGCCCCUAUGGCGCUCCCUAUGCUCAGUCGGGAGGCCCGGGGCCUCCAGGAGCCGGGCUGGGCCCUCAGCACCAGAAUAAAACCAACAUGGCCACUCAGUUCACCAUGGAGAAGAAGACGGCACCGGGUCAGAGCGUGACGGGGAUGCAGCCCAGAGCGCUCACAGGAGUUUCUCUCAGCGGUGCGAUGGGUGGGGCUCAGGUAGGUCUGAACACCGUGGGGGCGUGUCCCGGGACAGCGCCCCCUGCUGCAGAUCCUGAAAAACGUAAGCUGAUCCAGCAGCAGCUGGUCCUGCUGCUUCACGCUCACAAAUGUCAGCGCAGAGAGCAGGCGAACGGCGAGCCCAGGCCGUGUAACCUCCCGCACUGUCGUACCAUGAAGAACGUCCUGAACCACAUGACGCACUGCCAGGCCGGGAAGUCGUGUCAGGUGGCUCACUGCGCCUCGUCCAGACAGAUCAUCUCUCACUGGAAGAACUGCACCAAACACGACUGUCCCGUCUGUCUGCCGCUGAAGAACGCAGGAGACAAGAGGAGCCAGCAGGCUUUAGUGAACAGUGCUGGUUUAAUGAACUCUUUGGGGCCGGUGGCUCCUGGUGGACAGUCAAACCCCCCCACCCUGACCCCCCCAAACCAGAUCGACCCUGGCUCCAUAGAGAGAGCCUACGCUGCCCUCGGACUCACCUACCAGGGAAACCAGACCGCCCAGAACAACAUGCAGAGCCCAUCGGGGGUCAGGAGUCUGAACAGCAUGGGAGGAAACUCAAUGAAUGGAGGCGCGAGUGUUCAGUCAGCGAACCAGCAGCUGCACAACAACAUGAACACACAGAGCUUGAUGAACGAUGGUUUGGGGGCCCUGAGCUCGAUGCCCACAGCAGGUCCCCCUUCAUCAGACAUGACAAAGUCGUGGCAUGAAGACAUCACACAGGACCUCCGGAACCACCUGGUCCACAAACUUGUGCAGGCCAUCUUCCCCACCCCCGAUCCCGCCGCUCUCAAGGACCGCAGGAUGGAGAACCUGGUGGCCUACGCCCGAAAAGUGGAGGGGGACAUGUACGAUUCAGCGGGCAGCAGGGCUGAGUACUAUCACCUGCUGGCAGAGAAGAUCUAUAAGAUCCAGAAGGAGCUGGAGGAGAAGAGGAGAACACGGCUGCAGAAACAGGGCGGGACAACAGGACAUGCUGGCAUCUCCUCCCCCCCUCUCAGCAUGGGACAGCCCCCGAUUAACCUGGGACAGCCCCCCAUAAGCCCGGGACAAUCCCCCAAUGGUCCUCAUGUCGAUGCGUCCAUGAUGCGAGCAGCUGGAGCCAAUCAGAUGGUCAGGAUGCAGAGCCCUGCAGGACUCAGUCAGUUUGGUCAGGUGGGCGUUCAGUCGAUGGCUCAGAGGUUGACUCCUCCCCUUCCUCCUAACGCUCCAGUCAACCAGAUGACUAUGGGAGCCCGGGUGGGUCAGUCCAACGCAACACAGAUGCAGAACCAGUACCUCCCUGCAGCCCAACUUCCAGGGUCCAGUCCUGGUCAUGGUCCUGGUUACAGUCAUGGUCAUGGUCCUGGUCCCGGUCCUGGUCCUGGUCCCGGUCCCGGACAUGGUCCUGGUCCCGGUCCCGGUCUUGGUCAUGACCCUGAUCCUGGGAUGAACCAGUCUGGAGGUCAGACUUCAGGUCCACAGAUGAACCACGCGUCCACACCGUCCCCCCUCCCAGCCUACAGCCCUGCAGCUCCGCCCCCCUCAGGCUCCGGGGGGCCCUGUAGUGUGGGGGGUACUGGGCCUCCAUCCUGUUCCUCCAGCCAGCCUCACUGCCCCCCCGUCAGGAUGAACUCCCCCUCACCUGCCCGCAGUUUAACACCUCAACCUCUCCAAACACCGCCCACUUUACCAAGAAGUCAGACCCCCCAGACCCCCAGCACCCCCCCACUGGCCCCCCAACAACAACAACAACACCAACGACUGCUACAACAACAACAACAACAUCCUGCUCCACUGCAGGCAUCAUUGGGGGAGACAGGCAACACAGACAAAGCCAAUCAGUUUCCUCAGCAGAUGCUUGGAGGUGUGGCUUCCCCAACCCUUCAGGCAGUUACCCAGAAUGCUUCAGUGCCUCUGCAGCGGCCGCAGACGCCGCUGUCUCCUAAACCCUCGGGGACUGCAGACACUCAGGUGUCCUCUCCGGCCUCGCUCAGCAGCUCAGACCUCGCUCCAAACCAUGACGACAUCAAGGUGGAGGUGAAGCAGGAGGAGGAGGAGCGGGAGGAGGAGGAGGAAGAGGAGGAGGAGGAGGAGGAAGGAGGAGACAGUAAAGGAGAGGGGAAGGGGAAGAUGGGAAAGGGUCAGAGUGAUGUGAAGUCUGAGGACAAACCAGAGACUGAGAAGCCCUCGGGUGGGGGGGGUAAAGGUGAGCCCAUGGACACGCCCUCGUCCUCCAUGACCUCGUCAUUAUCCUCAGGUGAGGACAAGAAGGUGGAGGUGAAGAAGGAGCCAAAAGAGGAGAAGGAGGAGAAGGAUGAGGAGGGGUCUCCAGCUGGAGCUCAGAGCAAGAAGAAAAUCUUUAAGCCUGAGGAGCUGCGCCAGGCACUCAUGCCCACCCUGGAGGCGCUGUACCGCCAGGACCCUGAGUCCCUCCCCUUCCGUCAGCCGGUGGACGCCCAGUUACUGGGAAUACCCGACUACUUUGACGUGGUGAAGAACCCGAUGGACCUGUCGACCAUCAAAAGGAAGCUGGACACGGGUCAGUAUCAGGAGCCAUGGCAGUACGUUGACGAUAUCUGGCUGAUGUUUAACAACGCCUGGCUCUACAACCGAAAAACAUCCCGAGUGUACAAGUACUGCUCCAAGCUGGCCGAGGUGUUCGAGUCUGAGAUCGACCCGGUCAUGCAGGACCUGGGUUACUGCUGCGGGCGGAAGUUUGAGUUUUCUCCACAAACUCUCUGUUGCUACGGGAAACAGUUAUGUACCAUCCAACGAGACGCCGCUUACUUCAGCUAUCAGAACAGGUACCACUUCUGUGAGAAGUGUUUCAACGAGAUCCAGAGCGAGAGCGUUUCCCUGGGAGACGACCCCGCCCAGCCUCAGACGUCCAUCAACAAAGAUCAGUUUCAACGGAAGAAAAAUGACACGCUCGACCCUGAACUACUGGUCGAAUGUUUGGACUGUGGUCGUAAAAAUCAUCAGAUCUGCGUCCUCCAUAAUGAAACCAUCUGGCCGUCAGGCUUCGUUUGUGAUGGCUGCCUGAAAAAAUCCAACAAGACUCGUAAAGAGAACAAAUAUGCAGCAAAGAGACUCCCUCAGACAAAACUUGGGAGCUUUUUGGAGACGAGAUUGAACGACUACCUGAAGCGUCAGAGUCACCCUGAGACCGGUGAGGUCACCAUCAGGGUGGUGCACGUCUCUGAUAAGAUGGUGGAGGUGAAGCCAGGCAUGAAGUCCAGGUUUGUGGACAGCGGUGAGAUGGCAGAGUCCUUCCCCUACAGAACGAAAGCUUUGUUUGCCUUUGAAGACAUUGGUGGAGCCGACGUAUGUUUUUUCGGUAUGCACGUCCAAGAGUAUGGCUCUGACUGCCCUCCACCCAAUCAGAGACGAGUGUACAUCUCUUACCUGGACAGUGUGCACUUCUUCCAACCUCGACACCUGAGGACGGCCGUGUACUACGAGAUCCUGCUUGGUUACCUGGAGUACGCCAAGAGGCAGGGGUUUACCACGGGUCACAUCUGGGCGUGUCCACCCAGCGAAGGAGACGAUUAUAUCUUCCACUGUCACCCAGCUGACCAGAAGAUCCCCAAACCCAAACGCCUGCAGGAGUGGUACAAGAAGAUGCUGGACAAGGCCGUGUCCGAGCGCAUCGUGCAUGACUACAAGGACAUCUUCAAACAGGCGACCGAGGACCGGCUGACCAGCGCCAAAGAGCUACCGUACUUUGAGGGCGAUUUCUGGCCAAACGUGUUGGAGGAGAGCAUAAAGGAGCUGGAGCAGGAGGAGGAGGAGAGGAAGAGGGAGGAAAACUGCACCUCCAACGAGAGCCCAGAUGCCUCUAAAGGUGACAGCAAGAACGCCAAAAAGAAGAACAAUAAGAAGACGAGUAAGAACAAGAGCAACCUGAGCCGAGGCAACAAGAAGAAACCGGGGAUGCCCAAUGUGUCCAACGACCUGUCCCAGAAACUCUACGCCACCAUGGAGAAACACAAAGAGGUGUUCUUCGUCAUCCGCCUCAUUGCCGUCCCCACCGCCAACUCGCUGCCCCCCAUCACUGACCCAGACCCCCUAAUGGCUUGCGACCUGAUGGAUGGCCGGGAUGCCUUCCUGACGCUGGCCCGGGACAAACACCUGGAGUUCAGCUCUCUGCGGAGGUCCAGGUGGAGCUCCAUGUGUAUGCUGGUGGAGCUGCACAACCAGAGCCAGGACCGCUUUGUCUACACCUGCAACGAAUGCAAACAUCACGUGGAGACACGAUUCCACUGCACCGUCUGCGAGGACUACGACCUGUGCAUCACCUGCUACAACACCAAAGGCCACGAGCACAAGAUGGACAAACUGGGCCUGGGACUGGACGACGACAGCAACAACCCGGCAGCGGCAGCGACUCAGAGUCCCGGAGACUCUCGCCGUCUCAGCAUCCAGCGCUGCAUCCAGUCUCUGGUCCAUGCUUGUCAGUGCCGCAACGCCAACUGCUCCCUGCCGUCCUGCCAGAAGAUGAAGCGCGUCGUUCAGCACACAAAGAGCUGCAAGCGAAAAACAAAUGGGGGUUGUCCAAUCUGCAAGCAGCUGAUCGCUCUGUGCUGCUACCACGCCAAACACUGUCAGGAGAACAAAUGUCCCGUCCCGUUCUGUCUGAACAUCAAGCAAAAGCUGCGUCAGCAGCAGCUGCAGCACCGCCUCCAGCAGGCCCAGAUGUUGAGGAGGAGGAUGGCAAGCAUGCAGCGGGUGGGGCAACCGGCCGGGGGGCCACCUGGAGGACCCAUUGUAGGACUUCAAUCACCUGGGAACAAUGGAACGACUGCACCCAGUACUCCAACAUCAGGUGGAACCCAGCCACCAACACCCCAGACCCCAACUCAGACCAUGCCUCCUGUCCCACAACAGGGUCUGGGUCCUGGAGUCCAGCAGCAACAAGCUGGGAUGCCCAGCCAGCACACCCUCCAUCCCCAGUUCCAGCAAAUGGGCGGAGGGGGCAGGUUUGGGGGGGUAAUGAGCUCCCCUCAACAUCAGCAGCAGCAAAGUGGAGCAAAUGCCCAACAGCUACAACAGAACUGUCUGCCUCCGUACACCAGCAGACCUCCAGGCUCCUCUCCCCUCCAUGUGUCCCAGGUAAAUCCUGUCCUCGGCUCUGCAACUCCUCCCCAGCAGCAUCAGCCAGGUGGAGGUCAACAAGCUCCCAGCCAACUCCAGGGCCAGACUCCCUUUCCUCAGCAGCAACAGGCCCCAUCCGGCCCCCCUCAGGCAGCCGUAGAGAUAGCGAUGAAGAUCCAGCAGGUGGCUGAUGCUCAGAGGAAGAUGGCUCUGCAGAGACAGACAGCCACAGGCUUGAUCCCACCCCACCCUCACCAUCAGCAGGGCCCAGGUCAGCAAAUGGCCAUGGGACACACAGGGGGGCCAGGGAUGGUGGGACCCCAGGGAAUGCCCCCCCAGACACCGGCAGCUGUCUCAGCAGGUCGGGCCCAUAUGGAUCCACAACCAGCUCCAUCAGGGAUGAUGGUCAGUGCUGGUGGUACCCCUCAGCAAGGUCACCUCCCCUCUCAGGUCCAGCUUCAGCAGCAGAGGGUGGGGGCACCACUCUCUCAACAGCAGCAGCAUUGGGGGGGGCAGGGGAUGCCCCCACAGCAGAGGCCAGCAGUGAUGAACCAUUCAGCAGUGAUGGCAGCUCAACAACAAGGGGCUCACCAACAGACUCAGGGCCACACUGCCUUAAUGAACAUGGGACAGCAGCUGAGUGCAGUUGGGGGGGGCCCGGGGGGGCCAGUACCUGGAGCUGCCGGGGGGAACAUUCCUCAGGCCGCCCUGCAGGACCUUUUACGGACUCUCCGCUCGCCAAGCUCCCCCCUGCAGCAACAGCAAGUCCUCAACAUCCUACGCUCAAACCCGCAACUCAUGGCGGCUUUCAUCAAACAGAGAGCAUCAAAAUACAAGGGAGGGCCGGGCUGUGUACCUGGAGGUCCAACAGGGGGUCCUGGUCCAACAGGCGGUCCUGGUUGUAAUGUUAUGGCUGGAGGGCCUCCACAGGUGAACAUGAAUGCUUCAGGGCCUGGACAGCCUGGGAUGCACAUGGGUGGUCAGGGGGGGUCGACUGUUAACAUGGCAACAAUUGCCCAACUGCAGCAAGCACAGCAACUAAACCAACCGCAACAACUACAACAUCAACAACAACUGCAACAGCAGCAACAACAGCAACAACUACAGCAGCAGCAAAUACAACAGCAGCAGCAGCAGCAACAACAACUACAACAGCAACAGUUGCAGCAGCAGAGACCAAUGCUCAACAAUGUACAGCAGGGGGGGGUUAGAGGUCUACAGGGGGGGCCACAGAUGGGGAAUCUUAACAAUCCUCAGUUUAGAGAGUUGCUCAGGAGGCGACAUCUUCAGCAGCAGCAGCAGCAGCAGCAGCAACAACAACAACAACAACAACAACAACAACAACAACAACAACAACAGCAACAGCAACAGCAACAACAUCUGCAGCAGCAGAUAGGGGUGGGUCCCGGUCAGUUCCAGCAGCCUCCUCAGGUUCAGAACUUUGUGGGUCCGUCCGGGAUGCAGCCUCCUGCUGCAGGAAAGGGCCCCCAAACAGACCCCUCUCAGCAGCACCAACUGGGUCAGCAAGGUCCAUGUGGAGGAGGUCCUCAGCAGCCCCUUCAGAGCGCCCCCCCUCCGUCCUCUCAGGCCCUGCUCCAGCAGGCGCUCCACCAGAGGCUACUCCAGCAGCAGCAUCUGGGUCCAGGGGGGUCUCCAGGCCAGCACAGCAGUCCCAUGAGCCCACAGCGUGGCCCAUUCCCCCACCCCCACCUUCAGGGCCAGACUGUGCAUACGCCGCUCGCCAACCAGGUCCGAUCCCCGCAGCCUUCCCCAAGACCCCAGUCCCAGCCGCCACAUUCAAGCCCCUCGCCCCGCCUGCAGCCCCAUCCCUCCCCCCAUAAUAUCUCCCCCCAGGUGCAGACGGGAUCUCCACACCUGAACCAGCACCACCCAGGCAUGGUGGCGCCCCCGCAGCAAAACUCUCUGGACCAGUUUGGACGGGAUCAGAGCGCCAUGCUUUCUCAGCUGGGUACCAUGGGGGGUCUCCAUGGGCCGGGGGGAGGCAGUCAGGACCCUAUGAAUCACAACCAUUUAGACCUAAUGUGAGCGUGUCAAAAGGACUCCCCUGGACGGGUCGUUCACCUGGACGGGUCGUUCCCAUGGACAGUGUUACAGAUUUUUUUUUAUUAUUGUUAUUUAAAAUGUUUUGAAUAAAGUUUCUUUGAAUGAGCUUCCUAUGGGAGAUAAAGUCGGUGGUUAAUAAUUAUGAAUAAAUUGAAUUAACUUAUUGCUGUUAAUAUAUGUUUUCCCACCUGUGGACAGGGGUUUGGUGGGGUUCCUCCAGCAGCCCCUCUGGCUCGUAAACAAAGAUAUUUGGUGGGUAAAAUGGACUCAAAGCCUUUUUUAAGAAAAGUUUUUAAGAUUUUUAGUGUUGGAGAAUUUAAGGAGAUGAUUUAAUGCAAAGAACUUUUUUUAUCGUUUUAGUUUCCCAUCAUUCAGUCUGUUUCUUUUUGUCCUGCAGACUGAUGUGGAGGAUUAUUCACAUGAUCUACUUUAUUUAUUCUAUCUGGGGGGGGGGUCAUGUACGGCGAGACUGCUACAGUUUGUACAGAAAUAUAUUUUUGUUACUGACUGUUAGGUUGGCUUAGUGAAUAUUUCUGUCUCUGUGUGGGCGUGUCCAUUAUGUGGGCGUGUCCGGUGUAUGGAUGUGUCAUGUCUGUGGGCGUGUCCAGUGUGUGGGCGUGUCUAGGUGGAUAAUUGCCAGUGUUUUCUCACAGCUGUGUUGGAGACGUUAAAGGACUCGAUGAGACGUCGAUCAAGCUGCACAAACUUUUAAACAUGCUAACCCCCUCCCCUGAUUGUGUGCUCUCCCUCCUCUAACGACAUUUCACAUGGAGCAGCUUGGGGAGGGGGGCAUACCUGUGUGCCUGUAAAGACGUGGGGGGGGGGCUCCUUUUAGUGUUGUUAGGAUUCUUCUGUUUGCAAGAAACAGAUUUCUGAUCCAAAUGAACUGUUGCACAGAAACAAGGAGAGGAGAUGACUCAGCCUCUUUUCUGCCUCCUCCUUUGCUGCUUACCCGGGACUUCAACUCCCCUCCCCUCCUCCCUCGAGGGAGUUCUCCCUCUUUUACACUCCAUCCUCUUAUCUUUCUGCUAAGGUCUUUGGAAGUUUAAUAUUUUUUACUGUACAGAGGAAACAAACUUAAAUACUGUUUUUAUAAUAAAAUGAAAAUGACAUCA